UCCCUUAGAGACACAAAAACUAAACAUACACAUACAUACAAAUAAACAGAGAGAGAGAGAUGAAUGAAUCAAAAAUAUUUACUCUUUACCAUUUACCCCAUCAAUAUUUGCCUUUUUGACAUCUCUCUACAAUCAUCAUGCCUCCUUUCCGUUUUUACAUUCCAUUCUUCUCCUCCAACUCUCCUUCUCGUCUCUCUUCAGGGACUUCUUCCCCAUCACCACCACCUACUCCUCCUCCUUCUUCACGCCCUCCUUUUCGUCCUGCAGGCAUUGCUCAGCCGUCAAAGUCAGAAACAAAGCCCAAGGCGUCUCCGUCACUUUCUAGGGUUAGAAGCAACGUUGCGGCCAUAACAGCUUCUUUACCUACGUCUCAGUCUCCUUCUCGUGGUGCAGCCACACCAAGCCGGCUGGCGAAACAGACUAACCAACAACCUGGUUCGCCGUCAAAGAAACUGGAAUCUCAGAAGAAGGAUGAGGAAAAGGUAAUGAUGAAAGAGAAGCCAUCGAGAGAGACUGAAAAAAUAGCUGGCGAGAGUAUAAAUCCGUCGAGAGAGACUGAAAAAAUAGCUGGCGAGAGUAUAAAUCCGGUGACAAUGAAACCUCCUAUUGCUCGUCCAGAAGAGCAUUUAGAACGAAAAGAAACAGAUUCAUCUCAGGAACAGAGGAAUAAAGAAACAGAUUCAUCUCAGGAACAGAGGAAUAAGACAGAAGCAGGGAAACAAGCGGUGCAAGAAAAGAAGAAAGUUCUUCCUGAGGGCAGUGGAGAGAAGCCAGCAGCAGAUCAGGGACAACAGAAGAGAAAAGAAAUCGAGAAACUUGCGUUGCAAGAAAGUAAGAAAGAUCUUCCCGAGGGCAGUGGAGAGAAGUCAGAAGCAGAUAAAGGACAACAGAAGAGAAAAGAAAAGGCGAAACUUGCGUUAGAAGAAACGAAGAAAACUCUUCAAGCUGCAGGUAGAGAAGAUGUAACGCAAAGCAAAACCACACGACAUAUUGCAGCAGCAUCAGAACUCACGAGAGGACCUAGCGAUCUAACUGAGAGAGAUACAAAAACGCAAAACAAAACAGAGUUUCACACCGAUGACAACCAUCAGAAAACCAAAGGCGCAUCAACGAGUAAUCUUGGGAAUCCGAGAGUUCCAAAUGGACAGGGAUCAUCUACAAUGGGCAGAAAGAUCAAAGAAGACAUCAAAGAUGGAAUCAGUAAGCUGACUUGGGGAAAAAGCAACGGCGAUGAGAAAUCCGUCAACGUCUAUACUCUCACUGGCGAAAACAGAGGAGCCACAAUGGGAAUAGGUUCUGAGAAAGACAAGAAAGAUGGUGAGGUUCAUAUCCGCCGUGGCUACAGAAGUAACCCAGACGAGAGCCCUAACGCUACAGCCACGGAAACCGAAGGAGGAAGGAAACCCUUCAAAGGCAAAAACCAUAAAGACUACGAAGACGACGAAGAAGAAGAAGAAGAAACAAGGGUUAGGGCAUACGUAAACGGCAACACACAAGGGAUCAACAAUUCGAUUAUAGUCGAGAGUUCAGUGAGUGAGAAUGAUCCAGGAGUUCAUAUGAGUUUAAAAUUCGAAAAAACUAUGAAAGAAAUUAUAAACCCCCCUGAGAGCGUGGCGGAGAAGAAACCAGAGACGGUAAAGGCAACGGAGAAGUUGAGGCAUGAGCCGAGAGUUAGAAGAAGAUGCUUGAGAGGGUUACUUGCGGAGUCAAGUCAGUCGGAACCGGAGAACCCUUUGAAGCCCCGGGGACAUGGUUGCCGGUUUACCUGUAAAGACAAAGAUAUAGAGAACACUUAAUUAAAAAAAAAAAUUAUAUGAAAACUAUUGUGUAAACGCUCCUUAUUAACUGGUUUAAAAAAAAAAAACAAAUUGGAGUAUGAAUACGAAUGUUGUUGUUUGUU